UGCCAGACACGUAGUUCGUACUUUUGCCAGUGCCUGGUGUUGUACUUGGAAAAGAGAACAGGGAUGCCCUGGGGUGUAGGCAGGGACAGUUUGCCCUCUGCCCCUUGGUUUGGGAAGCUUGAGAAUACCUCAGCUCAUGCCUUGCAAUAUACCGUGCUAUUUAAUGAGUUACAAAAUCUCCACCUUUUUUUUUUUCCUUUUUCUCUGUUUACCUAUGAGCAGUUACCCAGAGCUCAAGAGAGGAACUCAAGAAGUGUUCCUUAAAACUAUGAAGACAAAUUUGUUAAAACCCUGGACAUUUUAUCUUUGGAUAUGCAGUUGAUGCAUAUCUUUUCCCUUUCUCCAGAUCACUAGCACAAUUUCUGAUACCGCUAAACUCUUUUUCUUAUGGAGGCAGUUGUACAAGUAGGGGAGAUUCCAAGAAAAUGGUGAACUUAAGAUAUUUGCUGCUAUGAGAGACGUGUCUCAGUAAUUUAAGAGAGGAAGGAAAAGAUAAUAAUGAGAGAGGUUUUGAGCUGAUAAGACGGACUAGGUGGUAUUCCUAAAUAACACUUAGUGGUUUGAUUUUUGUUCUUUUUUUUGAUGAGGCAGUUUCAUGAGAAGAAUGAGGAUAGGUUUCAUUUUGUUUGUUUUUUGAGUGAACAGUGGUGUCCUCCCUCUUUUCUUGAACAAUGGGGACACAAUAUUAUAGCUCAUGUUAAAACUAUUGAAGUAGCACAUCUUUGUGCAUCUUUGCCAGGCCUGGCUACAGAUGCACAAAGACAAAAGCACUCUAAGCUUGAACUCCAAAGAGCCUCUGCAAUCCAGGUGGACUCAGUACUGUGUUUUCUGUCACUAGCCAUUCUUCCUUCUGCCAGGACAGUGCCUGUGUUCCCAUGCCCCCCUCUGAUGCAUAACAUGAUUCAAUGUCCUAUUGCUCUCCUGCCAUUGCACCCUUCAGUGUCUAUCACAUCCCAAGGGCUUUGUGAUGUCUAUUCUUGCAUUUCCAUUCUUCCCAAAGACACAGUGCCCUUACUCUAUGCCUUUCUUAUUUGCUUUCAGUGCUCCUCUUGUGCCCUUCUUCAACACUUUCUUCAGUUGUGAUUCAUUUAAGACACAGUGUGGUGUUGCUGCCACCAGAAGGGGUGGUUCUGCUCCCUCCAGAGCCUUUCUCCUUGGCUUCAUUCUUGUCAAGCCCUUUGGAUCAGGUGGGUUCAGAAAACGAAAGCAUGAUAAUUUUCCACAUGGUCAAAGAAGAGAAGAAAAAGAGAAUGUUAAUCCACCUUCAGCUUUGAUGACAUCUUUUAAAUCAUUUCAGCUGGAGCUUGACACCAGGCAUGAUAAAUACGAACGGCUCGUGAAGCUCAGUCGGGAUAUAACGAUCGAAAGCAAAAGAACGAUAUUUCUGCUCCACAGGUUCACCAGUGCUCCCAAUGGGGAAGAAAUUCUAAGGGAAUCUGAAGGCAAGCUAGAUGCUGUCCGACAGAAGAUCAAGCAGGUUGCACAAGAACUGACUGGAGAAGACAUGUAUCAGUUCCACAGAGCUAUAUCUCCAGGGCUUCAAGAAUAUGUUGAGGCAGUUUCGUUUCAGUAUUUUAUCAAAACACGAUCUCUGAUCAGUGUUGAAGAGAUCAACAAACAACUAAUAUUUACAGCAGAAGACAGAGAAGAAACAACAAACAUGACCUCCAAUUCCCAUGAUAAACAGCUCCAUACGUGGAGCCUGAAGGUAACCCCUGUGGAUUACCUGCUGGGAGUGGCUGAUCUGACGGGAGAGCUGAUGCGGCUGUGCAUCGGCAGCGUUGGGAACGGGGACAUAGACACACCCUUCGAACUGAGCCAGUUCUUGCGUCAGAUUUACGAUGGGUUUACUUUCAUUGGCAACACGGGACCUUACGAAGUCUCCAAGAAGCUCUAUACCUUGAAACAGAGUCUGGCAAAAGUAGAGAAUGCCUGCUACACAUUAAAGGUACGGGGAUCCGAAAUCCCAAAGCACAUGUUGGCUGAUGUGUUCUCCACCAAAACGGAAUUGAUUGACCAAGAAGAGGGGCUUCCUUAAAAUCAGGAAGCUCUUGCUACUCAGAAGAGAAGAGGACAUAGAGAAACCUCUCUAGUUAUGGUUUGUGGGGUUUUGACCCUUCUCAAAGCUUUUUAGGUAGAGACAUUUUUGUUUUAUCUAUGAGAAGGCUGUUUGAAGUGGUAAUUUGUAACCAAAAAUACUUUUUAUGAUGUGCAAGAGAAGAAAUGUUUGACUUUGGCCUCUUGCUGUGGAAUUUCCUGUAUUGCUCCAUCGUAUCUUCUUUCAGAUUGACCAAAAUUUCUACUGCACUCUACUCCAGUGACUGUCAUUUUUGUGACCUCAAACUGUUGUUGGUACAAGUUUUCAUCAAGCACAGCAGUGGGAAAAAAAUGGCCAGGUGCUCUUAUUUAGCAUUAUCCAUAGCUUUCUGCUGAGGCAUUUUCUGAGUAUUUGGGUUCUGUACUCUUAUUACACUUACAGCAAUGCACCUGUGCGUAAGUGACUUGAGACUGGGUUGGUCUCAACAGUGCCAUGUAAUUCAAGUUUUCUCUGAUUAGUACUUUAAACUAUGAAACUACAUCAACUUUUUGCCAAUUGAUAAUGAAGCUAAUUGCACCUGGUAAAUACUACUGUCACCUGUUAUUUUGGGUCUCUGUUAAAACUGAGCUCCAUUUGAGCUCCAUUUGGUAUUUCACAGUUUUGAGAUGAGCUAGGAAAUCCACAGAAAAUAAUAGUGGAAGUAUAGUUUUACAUUUUUUGUAAUACAGUUUAAUGCAGAAUCUGACAUAUUUCUGUUUGUAGACACUCUUUUGUCUACAAACAAUGGUUUGUCAUACGAAGUAUGUAAUUUGGUGUUAGGACAAGCAGUUUUUGGCCAGAAUGAAUGUGUUGCAUAGCUGGAAGUCUGUUCUCCAUUGUUUGUACUGCCCUGAGGACCUCCAGUGGGAUUGAACUGGUAUAAGUGGAAAAGGGCUAGCCAAGCUUUAAAUAUAUGUUAGCAGGAACUAUAUCAUGUGCAUGUUCCUGUGGAAAGGAAAUUGCAAACAGAAGUAAGGCAGGCAUUCUGGUUUUCGCAUUUAUCUUUGAGGGGGGGUAUGUCACUGUUGGCAAAAAAUCAGGGCUUUAUGCUGGUGUCUGAAGUUAUGAAAGUCUGAUAAUGUACAUAAUGCUAAAGGAAAACAGAUAAAACAACAUGAUCUCUAGACUCCAGGAAAUAGGCCUCCCAACUGCAAUUGAAAAUACUGCAUGUUUUUUAUUUCUACUUCCAUAUGUGGUGAUACUGCCAAUACUUUUCCCAUGAGCAUGUCCUGAGUAGCUGGAAUCAUCUGACAUAUGGAUAGGAAUGGGUAAAUACAUGUCUGUCACAUUUUUCCGUUGUUUCCACAUAAAGUAGUAUGGGGUGGAUUGAACAAGGGGUGGUAUUUUUCCUACUGUUUAAUACUAUUUUUUACAAUAAAUUCUGAAAAGUA